UGCAAUGCAUUGAGUUUUUCUUGUUCUUCAUAAAGGACUAGCCUGGCUGAGAGGGCCGAUCAACCAACUCUACUAGUACAUUUAAUUCUCAUUCUUUCUCUACUCCACAAAAGUACAAAACAGGCACACAACCCAAGAGCUUUUUCAUAUACUAGUGCUAAUCUUUUUGCUUCUGAAAAUUCCAAAAAAAGCACUCACUGCACUUAACACAACCCAACAAACACUAAAAAAACAUCUUUUCAAUUUUCCUGCACUUUUUUUGCCGCCUCACACCACUGAAAAAAUGUUCUUCAACUUCCUCAACUCUCAUCUUCAUCUAUUUCUCACAUCUGAAAAUUGCUUAAGACAAUUUUAAUUUCCAAGGACCAUGGAUGAUGUCAUUAAUAGUACAGUUAAAAGAAUCUCACAUUUUAAUUGGUCUAAGUUUUUUAACCAUUGUUGUUUCCAGUUGACUAGGAAGUCAACCUUAUAUGCAAUUGUUUCUUUUUUUCUUCUUUUUCUCUUAGCUUACAACAGUUCCACUGUGUUCUAUGUUCAAGUUCCAGUUCCAGCCAACUCCUCACCUGAAAUUUCUACUUUUUCCACUGAAAAUGUUGCCAGAAAAUCAAGAAUGUUGGUUUCUUUAUCUUCUUCUGAGAUAUAUGCAGUAAAAGAGGAAACCCCACUUGUAAAACCAAACAACCAUUUCACAAUUUCCAGUAAAAAUCCAAACUUGGUGGGUUUUACAUACAAUUCAGUUGUUUAUCAUCCAAGAAGAAGGAGAAAAAAGAAGUCUUUGGUGAAAGUUUAUCAUUCAGGGGUUAGAAUUAAUGAGUUUUCAAUGAGAAUGAAGGAGUUUUUUGGUAAUAAAUCAUCCAAUUCUUCAUGUAAGUUUAGAUUUUUCAUGACUUGGAUUUCUUCCAUUGAAUCUUUUGGUGAAAGGGAACAGUUUGCUGUGGACAGUUUGUUUAAGGCACACCCAAAUGGCUGUUUGGUCAUUAUGUCCACUUCAAUGGAUUCUCCAACAGGGAUGCAUAUUUUAAAGCCUUUUUUAGAGAAAGGUUUAAGGGUAGCUGCAAUUUCACCUGAUUACUAUUAUUUAUUUAAAAAUACUGUUGCUCAAGCCUGGAUUGAUAGUUUAAUGAAGGGUAAUGUAGAUCCGGGGGAAGUUUCUUUAGGCCAAAACCUCUCAAAUUUACUUAGACUUGGUUUAUUGUACAAGUUUGGCGGGAUUUAUUUAGAUACUGAUGUUAUAGUGUUGAAGAGUUUUAGGAAGCUAAGAAAUGUUAUUGGAGCUCAAACUAUUGAUGUUGAAACAAGAAACUGGAGCAGGUUAAAUAAUGCUGUAAUGAUUUUUGAUAAAGGGCAUCCUUUGUUGUACAACUUUAUUGAAGAAUUUGCACUUACAUUUGAUGGGAAUAAAUGGGGUCAUAAUGGACCUUACUUGGUUUCAAGGGUUGUGUCAAGGGUAAGUGGAAGAGAUGGAUACAAUUUCACAGUUCUGCCUCCAAUGGCUUUUUAUCCAGUUGAUUGGAAUAGGAUUGGUAGUCUCUUUCUUGGGCCGAGGAACGAGACUCAUUCGAGAUGGUUGCUCUUGAAACUCCAGAAGAUUCAGAGCGAAAGUUUGGCUGUGCAUCUUUGGAACAAGCAGAGUCGAGAGCUUAAGGUCGAAGAAGGAAGCAUUAUCCAACAUAUAAUGUCAGAUUGUUGUGUUUUCUGUAAUUCUUAAAUUCAUCAAAGUUGUAAGUAUACACCACGAAACGAUCAAUGUCAACAUGUUUUAUUCUUCAAGUUGUAGGAUUAUGGACCGCCUCAGUUCAUUCCAUAGGUUGUCUUGAAGAAAAUUAGGUGGUACAGAAAUAAUGCAGGAUCCAUGUAAUCUACUUCAUGUCUAGGUGAUUGAACAAAUUAUACAAGACAGAACAGCAGAAUUAUUGCUAAGUUCCUAUCGACUGAAAUGCUAUUGGCCCACAAUUUAAUUGGAUAAAUAUCUUGAUUC